AUGGGUUCAUUUGGACUCCCGUUGCUCGGCGCAGUCGGCCUUUUGAGCGGGGUUGUCAACGCCCAAUUCCCUCCAAAGCCAGAAGGCACCGAACUUUGUGAAACCACUGACGGCGUCCGAAGCUUUUCCGGUUAUGUCCAUCUCCCAGCUGGAGCACUGGCGGACCUUGGUGUUGAAAACCAGACAUAUGAGAUCAAUACCUAUUUUUGGUUCUUUGAAUCCAGGAAAGACCCUGCCAAUGCGCCUCUUUCAAUUUGGAUGAACGGUGGACCGGGUUCCAGUUCUUUUGUCGGACUGUUGCGUGAAAACGGACCUUGCUUUAUUGGCGCUGACUCCAACAGUACUUACCUCAACGAGUGGUCUUGGAAUAAUGAGGUCAACAUGCUUUACCUCGAUCAACCCGUCCAAGUAGGCAUGAGCUACGACAGUUUGGUGAACAUCACCACCAACCUAGACACCGGCGAUCUCGAAGUGGUAGACUUUGAGAACGGCCCUGUCCCCUCACAAAAUAACAGCUUUUACGUUGGCACCUAUCCCAGUGAAAACUACAAUCUCACCACCCGUGGUACGGAGAACUCUGCACGAGCUCUCUGGAACUUUGCCCAAGUCUGGUUCCAGGAAUUUCCUGAACACAAGCCGAAUGAUGACAGAAUCUCGAUCGCAACUGAGUCAUACGGAGGUCGAUACGGACCUGCUUUUGCGGCCUACUUCCAGGAGCAGAACGAGAAAAUAGAGAAUGGGACGUGGAGCGAAGCUGGCCAGACUCAUAUUCUUCAUCUCGACACUCUACUGAUCAUCAACGGCUGCAUUGAUCGCUAUGUGCAGUGGCCAGCUUACCCUACCAUGCAGUACAACAACACGUACGGUAUACGGGCCGUCAAUGAGUCGCGUUACGAAGAAGUGCUCGACAAUCUGUACCGUGAAGGAGGAUGUCUUGAUCAAAUUGAAGAGUGUCGCAACCUUAGUCUUGCCUACGAUCCCACCAAUCAAGGGUUCAACGAGACCGUCAACGAAGUAUGCGAGGCUGCAGAGACAUUCUGUUCCAAGACUAUUCGUGAUCCGUACUUUGACACCGACCUCAAUUACUACGACAUCUCUGCUCCUGGCGCUGCAGCAUUCCCACCUCCAUGGUAUCAGGGCUGGCUCAAUCAGCCUCAUGUGCAGCAGGGGCUAGGCGUGCCCUUGAAUUGGACUCAGUCAAACUCUGCGGUAUCGCGGGCAUUCCGCGGCAUUGGCGACUACCCACGUCCAGGCUGGAAGGAAGACUUGGCAUACCUUCUCGAAGAAGGCAUCAAGGUAACGCUAGUAUACGGCGACCGAGACUACGCCUGCAACUGGUAUGGCGGUGAACUGCUCUCCCUCGCCAUCCCUUACGACAACGCCACCUCGUUUGCGGAUGCGGGGUAUGCGCCUGUCAUUGUCAACGACACCUAUAUUGGAGGUCAAGUGCGCCAGUACGGAAACCUGUCCUUCACACGCGUGUACGAAGCUGGCCACGAGGUACCGGCCUACCAACCCGAGACUGCGUACAGGAUCUUUACACGUGCACUCUUCAACCGCGACAUCAGCACCGGAAAUGUCUCCACAAUCGAAAAUCCUGACUACGCAACCGAAGGGCCAAGCGACGUGUACAACAUAACCAAUGAACCAAUUGUCGACGAAGGCACGCAGUGUUACGUUCUCGAUCCCGGACAAUGCACAGCGGAACAGUGGGAGUCAGUCAUGAACGGAACGGCUUUGGUGCGGAACUGGAUUGUUGUAGACGCCAACACCAGCUACCUGUUCCCAGACCUAGUAGGCAACGGAACCUCCGGUAAUGGGACUGCACCUUCGACAACUGGCAUUCCUAUGCCUACUUAUACCGCAGCUGCGUCUGGAGAAAGAGAAUUGGCAACCAUGUCUCGCUCCACCUAUACCGCGUUUCAAAGGCACUUGAUCUACUUCUCGACGCCUACAUCUCCACCGAAGCUUACUUUCGGAUCAGCUCUCCGUGCAGGCGUAUCGAUCGGUCUUGAUUUUCCCGUCGCAGUCUUGUUGAGUCUGUCUUUAAGGCUCAUGUAUGCGCCAGUUCCUUUCCUCUGGUCUCCUAUCAUCGUGGACAAUAUUCCAACUUCAGCUCACCGCACGCAACUGAGCUCUGCAACAUUACCAAAAGGCAAAGCCGAAUAUACCUGCACCGAGCUUUUAUCACUUCUCGAUAGUAGUCCGGAGGAGAAUGAGGGCAAAGGCUGGCUAAACCACAAGAUCGACCAGGGCCAUGUGAUAGGAUUCUGGACGAUGGCUGCAAAUGCGAGAACACAUGCUGUAAGCAGCGACGAUGUCGCACGGUUCCAGCAAGGAGAGUGGGAGAAGCCUGUCGCUCAGAGGAGGCGUGGAACGGAUGACGUAUUGCCGCUUUGGCGAGGCGGGCCAAUUUGGGUGGGUGGUCACAGCUGGGCUGUAUGGAAACUCUUGGGAGUGCGGGUUUACGAGGACAGGAAACAACAGUAG